CGGUCGCCGGCGGCCGGUGCGCAGGCAGACGCAUGGAUCCCGACGGCCGGUGGCGGAACCUGCCCAGCGGGCCCAGCCUGAAGCACUUGACUGACCCCUCUUACGGGGUCCCGCGGGAGCAGCAACACCCGGCGCUGCAGGAGCUGACGCGGGCGCACGUCGAGUCUUUCAACCACGCUGUGCGCGAGGGGCUCGGCCACGCGGUGCAGGCUAUACCUCCCUUUGAAUUUGCUUUCAAAGAUGAGCGCAUCUCUCUUACUAUUGUGGAUGCUGUCAUCAGUCCACCCACCGUUCCAAAGGGGAGCAUCUGCAAAGAGCUCAACGUUUAUCCAGCGGAAUGCCGGGGCCGAAGGAGUACCUACCGGGGAAAGUUGACAGCAGAUAUCAGCUGGUCAGUGAGUGGAAUCCCAAAAGGAGUCAUUAAACAGUGUCUUGGCUAUGUUCCCAUCAUGGUGAAGUCCAGGCUUUGCAACUUGCACAGCCUUCCUCCAAGAGCCCUCAUUGGGCACCACGAGGAGGCAGAGGAAAUGGGAGGCUAUUUUAUAAUCAAUGGCAUUGAGAAAGUUAUCCGAAUGUUGAUUAUGCCUCGAAGAAAUUUCCCCAUUGCAAUGAUAAGACCAAAAUGGAAAAACAGAGGGCCUGGCUAUACUCAGUAUGGAGUUUCAAUGCACUGUGUGAGGGAAGAACAUUCUGCUGUCAAUAUGAACCUUCACUACUUAGAAAAUGGCACAGUUAUGUUGAACUUUAUUUACCGGAAAGAACUGUUUUUUCUUCCUUUGGGAUUUGCACUUAAGGCACUUGUCAGCUUUUCCGAUUAUCAGAUUUUUCAGGAGCUCAUCAAAGGAAAAGAGGAUGACUCUUUCUUCAGGAACUCUGUUUCUCAGAUGUUAAGGAUUGUAAUGGAAGAGGGUUGUUCCACACAAAAACAGGUCCUUAACUAUCUAGGUGAACGCUUCAGGGUAAAACUCAACCUUCCUGACUGGUAUCCAGAUGCGCAGGCUGCAGAGUUUCUGUUUAACCAGUGCAUCUGUAUCCACUUGAAAUCCAAUACUGAAAAGUUUUAUGUACUUUGUCUCAUGACUCGGAAGCUCUUCGCUUUAGCCAAAGGAGAGUGCAUGGAGGAGAAUCCCGAUAGUUUAGUGAAUCAAGAAGUCCUUACACCUGGUCAGCUCUUCCUCAUGUUUCUGAAGGAAAAAAUGGAAGCUUGGUUAGUGUCUAUUAAAAUAGCUAUAGACAAGAAGUCUCAGAAGACCAAUGUGUCCAUAAACACUGAAAAUUUGAUGAAGAUUUUUAAUCUGGGAACAGACCUUACAAAACCAUUUGAAUAUCUUCUUGCUACUGGGAAUCUGCGUUCUAAAACAGGUCUUGGCUUCCUGCAAGAUUCUGGACUUUGUGUUGUGGCUGAUAAGCUGAACUUCAUACGCUAUCUCUCCCAUUUCCGCUGUGUGCACAGAGGGGCAGAUUUUGCCAAGAUGAGGACCACCACAGUACGCAGGUUGCUGCCGGAGUCCUGGGGUUUCCUUUGUCCCGUGCACACCCCAGACGGGGAGCCCUGCGGUCUGAUGAACCACUUAACUGCCAUAUGUGAGGUUGUCACGCAGUUUGUGUAUACAGCAUCUAUUCCAGCUUUGCUCUGCAACUUGGGGGUCACUCCAGUUGACGGAGCGCCACACCGACCCUACAGUGAGUGCUACCCUGUCCUGCUGGAUGGCGUCAUGGUGGGCUGGGUGGACAAGGAGCUCGCUCCUAGCGUUGCAGAUUCUCUCCGACAUUUUAAGGUGUUGAGAGAAAAAAGAAUUCCUCCCUGGAUGGAGGUGGCCCUUAUCCCCAUGACAGGAAAACCAAGUCUGUACCCAGGAUUGUUCCUUUUUACCACCCCUUGUAGACUGGUACGGCCUGUGCAGAACUUGGAAUUGGGCAGAGAAGAGCUAAUUGGAACCAUGGAACAGAUCUUCAUGAACAUUGCUAUCUUUGAGGAUGAGGUUUUUGCUGGAGUUACCACCCACCAGGAGCUCUUCCCUCACAGCCUGCUGAGUGUGAUCGCCAACUUCAUCCCUUUCUCCGAUCACAACCAGAGUCCACGGAACAUGUACCAGUGCCAGAUGGGUAAGCAAACUAUGGGCUUUCCACUUCUCACAUAUCAAGACCGGUCAGAUAAUAAACUGUAUCGUCUUCAGACUCCACAAAGCCCUUUAGUGAGACCAUACAUGUAUGAUUAUUAUGACAUGGAUAACUAUCCAAUUGGGACAAAUGCCAUUGUUGCUGUUAUUUCUUACACUGGCUAUGAUAUGGAAGAUGCCAUGAUUGUAAAUAAGGCCUCUUGGGAACGAGGCUUUGCCCAUGGAAGUGUCUACAAGUCUGAAUUCAUAGAUCUCUCUGAAAAAAUUAAACAAGGAGAUGACAGUCUGGUAUUUGGAGUCAAACCUGGUGACCCACGGAUUGUGCAGAAGUUAGAUGAUGACGGCUUGCCAUUUAUUGGAGCACAACUGCAGUAUGGAGAUCCGUAUUACAGCUACCUGAACCUCAACACCGGGGAGAGCUUUGUGAUGUACUACAAGAGUAAAGAAAAUUGUGUUGUGGAUAACAUCAAAGUAUGCAGUAAUGACACUGGAAGUGGGAAAUUCAAGUGUGUUUGUAUCACGAUGCGAGUGCCUCGGAACCCCACCAUCGGAGAUAAAUUUGCCAGUCGUCAUGGGCAGAAGGGCAUCUUGAGCAGAUUGUGGCCAGUUGAGGACAUGCCCUUUACUGAGAGUGGGAUGGUCCCAGACAUUCUCUUCAAUCCUCACGGUUUUCCAUCCCGCAUGACCAUCGGUAUGUUAAUUGAGAGUAUGGCAGGGAAGUCUGCAGCUUUGCAUGGUCUCUGCCACGAUGCUACACCCUUCAUCUUUUCAGAGGAGAACUCGGCCUUAGAAUACUUUGGUGAGAUGUUAAAGGCUGCUGGCUACAACUUCUAUGGCACCGAGAGGUUAUAUAGUGGCAUCAGUGGGGUAGAACUGGAAGCAGACAUUUUCAUAGGCGUGGUUUAUUAUCAACGCUUACGCCACAUGGUCUCAGACAAAUUCCAAGUUAGAACAACAGGAGCCAGAGACAAAGUGACUAACCAGCCUAUUGGGGGAAGAAAUGUCCAGGGUGGAAUCCGUUUUGGGGAAAUGGAACGGGAUGCUCUUUUAGCUCAUGGUACAUCUUUUCUCCUUCAUGACCGCCUCUUCAACUGUUCUGAUCGAUCGGUAGCCCACGUGUGUGUAAAGUGUGGUAGUUUACUGUCUCCACUGUUGGAGAAGCCACCCCCUUCUUGGUCUGCCAUGCGCAACAGAAAAUACAACUGUACGCUGUGUAAUCGCAGUGACACUAUUGACACUGUUUCUGUGCCUUAUGUUUUCCGGUAUUUUGUAGCUGAACUGGCAGCUAUGAACAUCAAAGUGAAACUGGAUGUCAUUUAACUUGAUGCUGGCCUCUUGCGUUAGGAGAAUGAUCAGAUUAAAACAAAAUGUAAACUUUAGUUCAGUGAAGAUACUAGGUUACUCUGGAUCUUCUUCAAGGGUGUGAGAGCUCUCAACCAAGACCUGACCACUAAGAUUUCAAGGUUUUGGAGUCUCUCUGGUAUAAUAACUACUGAAGUUGAUUUUCAAUAUAUUUGUUCAAAAAUUCCACAAGUAUCUUCUUUGAAAAUGAUACACUGAUAAAUAGAAGGAUAUGCAGGGAAAAGUCUUUCCAACCCAAGCUUCUUUGUAUCCUGCUUUCAACAGGCAGUGACUGUCAAACAUUUAUUUGUCCAUCUAGAGCAGAGCAGUCCAAUAUAAUGCAAGCCAUAUAUGUAAUUUUAUAUUUUCCUAUAUCCACAUUAAAGUAAAAACAAAAGAUAGAACUAUUUCUUAACAGCUUUAUUGAAUUGUAAUUGUUAUACAAAGAACUGCACAUAUUUAAUGUAUACAGUUUGAUGGAUGUGAACAUAUGCAUACGCCUGUGACAUGACUGCUACUGUCGAGGUAAUAAAUGUCACCUCCACAAGUUUCCUUGUGCC